GGAAGUCAGGCAACGCCGACCCUAACCAACAAUAUGAAGUGAACUAACCUUAAAGGAUAUUUAAAAUCGAAAACAUGAAUAAAAUUCCAACUUUUCUCGCAAGUCGGGUGUUCUCCAACGCAAUUAAGCGCACCAUUCAUCAAACGAGACAGUUGCGUGGAACCAAAACUUACGAGGGAGAAGGCAAAACCACCCUUAAUAUAUUGAAUAAAGAGGCCGAUGUUGGUCUAAUGAUAGACGCAUUUAGUCAAGUUGGCUUUCGACUGAACAAUGGCAUUACAAUUUUGGGACCUAUGGUGAUUUUUCCUAGGUCCGUUUUGUCGUGGAACAUAAGAGACUUGAAUGACAUAAAUGAGGAGUCAUUGAGUUUAUUUAAAAUACUAGAACCGAAAGUAGACAUAUUAGUAAUAGGCAUAGGGGAUAAAACUGAGAACUUUGAUUUUAUGCAUCAGUUAAUGCCGUUUUCAAAGAAAUUCAAAAUAUCAUUUGAGGUGUUGCCUACAGAACCAGCUUGUUCAACUUUUAAUUUUUUGAAUGCUGAGGGACGAAAUGUAGCUGCGUGUAUGAUCCCCCCUAUGGAUAUAAAGACAACUGAUGAUGAUGAAUUAAACACAAAACUGAGAUAUGCCGAACUCUAUGGCCCAGACUAACUACUGAUAUUCAUGUAUGAACAACUAGGUAAUUAAAUAAAAUAAAUGUUAUUUA